AUGGAACACACCAGGCUAUUCUCUGAUGGAGAACCGAUUCGCUCUGAAAUUAAGACCAGUGGGAGGAGUACUAUAAAUUUUGUAGUUUUUCUUAUCAUUUUUUGGAUUUUCAUAUUUCUGAUUGGAUAUUUAGUUGGGUCCAGAACAGAGGAACCACUGAAUGAAGUUACUGUAGUACACUAUGAUCCAUAUAUAAAUUAUGACAAUUUUUCCUCUGUUCCCAUUUGUCGUGUUGAGAGUUGGAACAACAAAACGACAAAAAGUUUCCCAUUCUACGAUCUUUAUAGAUACUUUGCUGAUAAAAAAGUAACAGGAUCUGAAGGAUUAUCCGAUGGACAGCUUCGUCUUUUAACUGCAUUUCUUUAUGAAGGAUACAUUGUAGUAACGCAUACAGCUGAAAAUCCCAAAGGCGUAGGAAAAGGUGUUUACUGUUUUUACUACGAUUGCAACCGAAAUGAACUCCCUGGUACAAGAUUUCAAUCGUUUGUCUUUCCAAUGACUGCAGUUCAUUGUCCAAGACGAGAGGGAGCUCAAUAUGUUUCGUUGGGUUUCGAAAAGGAAUUGUCACCCAAAGAAGAACCAAUUCCUUUAUUAAAUCGAAUGUUUGAAUAUCCACCACACGAGGUCGGAGUAUGUGUUGGUCAAAUUUAUGGCGAUGAGAAGAAAUGGUUAGAGAUCAUUGAAUACGUAGAGCAUCAUAAAUUAAUGGGUGCUAAUAUGUUUUAUUUCACUAUUCUGGAAAUGGAUGGGUACACUAAACGAACAAUCGAAGAUUAUCAACGACUCGGACAAAUUGAAGCAACAUUUGUAAAUAUAGAAUAUGAAAAAAUUAACUGGCUUUUUCAUAUGAUUCAAGUUCAUGUAAGACUUUCACUAUUUCUACAUUUGAUCUCAUUUAUUUCCGGAAUGUUUCUUCCGCAUCAGCAGGAUCCAAACACAUGCGAGAUUAAUUUCGGGAUUCGUCGAAUUCAGAAAAAAUACGAUGAUCCUGAAAAGUAUAUUUCUACAAACUACACUCGUUCUUCUCUAUCCUUCUAUCGGAAUAAUUUGACAAUAACACAUCGAUGGGGAGCUUUCAAAUCACUCUUCCAGCCAGCGAAAACUCAUGCAAUUCACUUUCAUUGGACUAUCCGACAACAUGAAGGAUGUCGUGUAAAGACAGCAAAACGUCAGGAAGGAUACAUUCGACAUUACCGAACAACUGCCUCUUCAAGUCUUUCUGGAUCUUGGAUUUCUAUUUUCAAGCCAUACAAUAUCACACAAAUGGACCCAGAAUUUUCCAGAAAGCUGGAAGAACGGGUUAUCCGUAAAGUGGAGUACCUGUAUAAACUUCAUCCAGUGUUUUGUGAAUCGAUUGAUGAAAAAAUAAGGACACAUUUUCCGAAAGAUUUGCAUUGUGUUAAUUCUACUGUAAUACUGUAA